AUGGCCGAUCUCUCACCACCUGAGCGCCUGUCCACGACACUGGGCGAUGGGCGCCACGUCGACAUUUGGAUGGUACCAUCGACGGGCUGGGAGACCAACUUCGUCGUGCAGGUGGCCAUGCGCGUGCGGAGGGCGCUUGCACCGCUGCUCGUGCCAAAGUCCGCUCCCACCGUCACCGGCACGUUUGGCAUCCGCGCGCUCUCAAAGGCGCAAGGCGUGCGCUACGUCGCCGCCGAGCCGGCGCCGCCUACCUUUGAAGUUUUAAAGGCAAACCUCCUCGGCUCCGACGGCCAGGGGGCUGGGUCGUUCUUCGACCUCAACCGGAAAGACUAUGGGCAUGCGCUGGCGCCGCCCUACCCAGGCAAUGUCACGCUGGUCAACGCAGCGGUGACGUCAGCGCCCGGCACCCUGCCCUUCACCUGGUACCCCUCUGCGCCCGGCAACAGCACCCUGGUGCCCGAUGAGAAGGUCGCCAUGCAGGCGCGCUCGGGCUGGUUCAUGUCUGAGACGCUGCAGGGGCCCCGCAGCUUUGACGUCCGCGCGCUGACCCUGGACGGCCUGCUGGCAGAGGCGGGGGUGGAGGGGCCCGUCGCGCUGCUCAAGGUGGACGUGGAGGGCGCUGAGCUGGACGUGCUGCGGGGGGCCAGCCCCGCCCUGCUGCAGCGGGUGCAGCAGGUGGUGCUGGAGGUGCACGACUGCCUGCCGGGUGAGUUUGACCAGGGUGCAAGCCCGUUCACGGACGCCGCCCCCGGCCCCCUGGCCGACGCCCUCACCGAGGCGCGCGCUGCCAUGGCGGCCUACAAGGCCGCCGCCGCCGCCAACCCAGAGUCCCCGCCGCCGCCGCCGCUUGAAAAGAUGGCGAAGAUCGUGCUGCCGGGCCCGCGCGGCGGCGGGAUCGACGGGGACGCUGUGCGAUUUGAGGAGACCAGCGCCAUCGGCUUGCCCACGCAGCCGCCGCGCGACGGGGGCCGGACGAUGGCGGUGGUUGAGCUGCUGCGGGCUGCAGGGUUCAGGGUGGUGGUGGCGUGCCCGUUGGGGUUGACCCUCAACUACUCGGUCUAUGCCAGACGCUCGGCACCGGCUUAG